CAGUAUUUUUUCAAGCCUUGCAAGACAUUUUCUUUAACUUCUUUCCUAAAUAACGCCUUCAAUUAAGGUGGAAAAUGGCUUCCUUUGAGUGACAUUGAAUUUACUCAAAAUCAACGAGAUAGCUGCAACUUGUGGCUGCUGCAACACUUACACUUGACGUGUGGCUGCACAUUAAAAGUAGGUCAUGGGCACACUUCGAGACCUUCAGUUCGCCUUGCAGCUAAAGAUUGAAGAGCUCCGUCAGAGGGACACCCUAAUAGAUGAGCUGGAGCUGGAACUCGAUACCAAGGACGAACUCAUUCGGAGACUUCAGGAAGAGCUGGAUCGCUAUAGAGCCCCCGUGGUCCUGCCGGGACCCUCUGUAGCCAGCGCCGCCUGCUCGGCUCGAAGUGAUGACCACCUGCAAAUCGUAAAUAGAAGGACACUCAUUUCAGAGUCCUUCACUCUAGAUUCGACGAAUCUUGCCAACUUUUGUGACAAAAACCAGGAAUGUCAGAAGUUGAUUCAGGCCGCUUUUUUGAAGAGCAACUUCUUGAGGAACCUCGAUGAAGAUGAAACAAGAGCCGUCACGGCCUGCAUGCAUCUCACGGCCAUCCAUCACAGCUGCUGUGUGAUUCAGGAGGGGACCAGCGGCUCGCAGGCUUAUGUUGUACAGGAGGGGAGGCUGGACGUGACGAAAGAUGGACGGAAAUUGCUCAUAAUCGAAGCAGGGGAAGUGUUCGGAGAGCUGGCGUUGCUCUACAACUGCACACAAAUGUACUCCGUCACAGCGCAGUCGGACAGCAAGCUGUGGGUUCUCGAGCGCAAGAGUUACCAGACUGUGCUCAUGCAGAGUGGCCGUGACAGGCUCGCGCGUACAUCGGAGCUCCUGAGCAGCGUUCCCUCUCUGCUGUCCUUGCCAAAGAACGCCAUCAUGAAGAUGUGUGAUCUUAUGGAGGAGGCUCGCUACACUCAAGGCGACGACAUCAUUCGACAAGGCGCCUCAGGGGACACCUUUUAUAUCGUUAACAAAGGCCAGGUGAAAGUCACAGAAAAGAAGCUGGGAGAUGAAGAGCAAGUCCUCUCCAAGCUUUCGGAGAGGCAUUGGUUUGGAGAAAAAGCUUUGUGGGGAGAGGACGUGCGCGCUGUGAAUGUGAUUGCAGCUACUGAUGUGACGUGUCUACUCAUUGACAGAGAGACGUUCAGGGAUAUAAUUGGAGGGAUGGUAUUUGACAGCAGUCACGAGGUGCUUCAAAACACUGGAUGCAAAGAGGAGUCGGAGGUCAAGGAUGCUGCCUCCCUCUUAUCUUCCACUCUAAGUGAUUUCCAGAUAAUCAGCAGUCUAGGAGAAGGGCAGUUUGGUCAUACAGACCUGGUGCAACUCAAGAGCAACGCCCAGGGUCUUUUCGCCAUGAGGGUCUUCGAUAAGAAGGCGAUUAUCCACAACGGCCUGCGAGAGCAUGUUCUGAGAGAACGAAACAUCCUAAUGGAUUCCGCAUGUCCAUUCCUAGUCAGAUUGCACAAAGCCUUUCAAGAUGCUAAGUGCAUCUAUAUGCUGACAGAGGCUUGUCUCCAUGGCGAUCUUUACGGCUUGCUCAAAGAAAAAGGCUGUCUGGAUGAGAGCAGCACCAAAUUCUACACGGCUUGCGUGACGCAGGCGUUGACCUUUCUUCAUGCUCGAAAUGUCGUCUAUAGAGACAUCAAGCCUGAAAAUGUUGUUCUAGAUGAGCGAGGAUAUGCCAAACUGGUCGGCUCGAGGUGUUUAAAGAAGAUUGAAAUGGGUAAGAAGGCAUACACCUUCUGUGGCACUCCAGGCUACAUGGCCCCUGAAGUCAUUUUCAACAAAGGCCACAGUGUAGCUGCAGACUUCUGGUCUUUGGGUGUUUUUGUGUUUGAGCUCCUGACUGGUGGGCUUCCGUUCAGCGGCGUCGACCCGAUGAGUGUUCUCGGCGAGACCGUUCGUGGCAUUGAUAACAUCGACUUCCCUAAAGCAAUCAGCAAGAGUGCCUCCAGUCUCAUAAAGAAGCUGUGCAGGCACAAUCCCUCGGAGAGGCUAGGCAGUCGAAGAAAUGGGGCCAAGGACAUUCAGAAGCACAAAUGGUUUGAAGGAUUCAACUGGGAUGGACUAAGUAGAGGAACGUUAAAUCCACCACUCAGCCCCAAGGUUAAACACAUUUGGAACAGCAGUGGCACAUGUGCUCACUAUAGUGUAGAUGCAGCCGAGCUUGGCACAACAUGGGAGGACUUCUGAUGGAUGAAGUCCAUUUUUUUGGUUUAACUGUCAAGAACAAUUCACUCCCUACCAGAAAAAACACACUAUAUUUUUUAUUAUCAGCAGAAAUUGUUUGAUAAAGAACACAUGCUUGUCUCAAACGAGCACUUACAUUCUAUUUUUAGUUU